AUGGCUGACCCUGCCCAAAGUGCCGCGACCCCAGUGCCUGAGGAGGACGACUUUGAACUGUUUGGUCCGAGUCCUGGAGAGGCGAGUCAGCCGUCGAACCCAGGACCUCAGCCUGUCCCGACUGUUGGACCGCAGCAGGCACCGCAGCCAGUGCCACAGCAAGCACCGGUUCCACCUGCAGUGACGACGACAGUUGGUUUGGACCCACAGCUGCAGCAGUUGAUGCUGAAUAUGAUGCAGAUGCAACAGCAGACGCUCCAGGUCAUGAUGGCAAGGAUGGACGCAGAUGAGAGAAGAAGGCGAGAAGCUGAGGCUGCCUCUGCAGCUGUAGCGGACCCCUUUGGUUCGACGCUGGAAGUCCGUCAGCUAAAGCUACUGCUCCUCCACCUCCAGCGAAGCAACAGAGCUGAGAAGUACCUCCCUGCUUUGCCCACCAUCGACGCUCCAUCGAUGGGGAAAGGGCGUGUGAAAGAGCUGGAAGAGUACCACCGUUGGUGUGAAGUCUUGGCGUCAUGGUUGGCGCUCAUAGACGACAACUACGUCAACGAGUUGCGCCAAGCAAUGGUGCACAACAGGGAGAUCAAGCAGUCAGAGAUGUCUGCUCCUGUGGCUUCGAGGUCUGCUCGGUUGUUUUACUACCUUCAACAGAGUUUGCAGAAGUUUGAGAGAGGCAUGGAGCUUGUGAGAAGCACGUCCAUGCGGCAAGCUCAAGCUGCUUGUGGGUACGAAGUCAUGCGGCAAAUGCAUGCGACUUUCAGCAUUGUCUCAAGAAUGGAGGCAAUUGCAGUGAGAGAUGAGGCCCUGAAGUUGCCUGCCAGAGCCCGAACCUACAAGAGGGGCAUGCGCCCAGGGAAAGCAGUGAAGAAUGAGCCCAAUGAUGCUGAGCCCCCACGUCUCACCAUGACGGAUAAGGAAGUAGAGAAGCUGAACCAGUCCUCUUCGAGGAACAGUCACUUUGCGUGGCUUGUUGAUAGUGGAGCCACGUGCCACGUGUUGUCUGUUGCUUCUUUGUCGUUUUACGAAGUCGUGAAGGAGCAUUCGGGACCGCUGCCUGUCUUGAUGAGUGCUAGCGACACCGAGAUGGAAUGCCUCGGGUUGGUCGAUAUCCGUGUGAAGUUUGGGAGGCUAGGGCCUGUAGUGCUUCAGAAGGUCCUGGUUUGUCAGAUUGGUUUCAAUGUGAUCAGUUCUUGGCAGGCGUCGCUUUCGGGUUGGUGUUCUUGGUUCACUGCCACACCCGGAGAGAGUUGCUUGAUGAAGCAGAAUGGGAAGGGUUCCUGGGUUUGGGUUCCCUUAGAGACGGAAGCCAGGAGCUGGUGGGCAAUGGCCCAGGAGAUCGGCCCCGCGAGAGCUAAGGCGAAAGCGAAGUCCAAAGCAGGAGUGCCCAAAGGUACCCCACCGAAGUUUGGGAAAGAAGACGACGACACGGGAGAUGCAAUGGAAGUGGACCGCGCCAAGGAGAAGGCGCAUCCGAACAAGCAUCCGCAGAGAGCCUUGGAAGUGACUCCUUUCAAGUUCUUGUUGCGAGAAGGAGCCGGCCCAGAUGAUGGUUAUGUCCGAGAGAUGGCAAGAUCUCAGAGCGAUGCAGACAGCGGCAUCCAGCAGGCGACAGCAGUUGGUGCAGAAGCUGCAGCCGAAGAACUAGUGGCAAUGAACAGAUGCGAUUCGAAGGAAUUGCUCCACCGGGGAUUUCACUCCCUAACUUCUCCGGCCUUGCCUUCUGGAGAACCUCCCGCUCCCACCCAGGAGGGCAACGAGGCCGACGAUUGGGGGAAAUGGAAGGCGGUGCCAGGCCCUCCUGCGAGCCCGCCUCCACCGGGGACGCCUGUGGUGCCGCCUGGACCCCCGACGCCGCCCGAGACACCACCGGAGACUCCUCGGGAGAAGAAGAAGAAGGACAAGAAGAAGGAGAAGAAGAAAGGCUCCAAGGAGCGCCGUGCACGAGAAAAGGACCAGGUCGCCGAGGACAAAAAGGACCACAACGAGGGCGAGAGAGACCAGGCCGCCGAAGGAGUGGCUUUGCUGAGGGAGCAAGAGCUCAAGAUGGUUGCCGCCAGCAAGAACUUGGCGGAGAAGGAGCGAGCGUCGGCAGCGGCGAAGGCAGCCGCCAAUGUGGCUGUCGAGAAGUGGACGCCCCAACAGAGGGCACGCAAGGAGGCAGAGCUCCAAGCAGCCCUGCUUGCUCAGGAGCAAGCCGCUGCUACAGUUCGUUUGCUUACUUUGGAGUUACAACUUGGGGAUGCCCUUGGUGCCCCCGAGAGUUCAGCGGCCCCCGAGGGAGCCGUAGAGUCUGGGACUCCUCCGGAGUUACCAGCCAGCAGGCGGAUCAGCCUGUCGUCUUCGAGUGUGGAAGCUAUCACUCCUCCAGGAACGCCUCCGACAACGCCGGUGUCGCCUGGAUCUGCGGUUCCAAAGACACCCCAACGAUCACCUUUGGUGAAAGCGAUGCCCAAGGUUCCGGAGAGCCCUGCUUCUCAAGCUGCUGUGAGCCUUGUUGCUCCAGCUGCUGCGGGGCCUGUUGCUCAAGCUGCUGCAAGGCCUGCGGUUCGAGUUGCUUUGAGGCCGCCGGUCCGAGCUGUUCAAGUGAAGGCGAUGCCCAAGGUGGGGCAGGUGCCGGAUGUUGGGCACAUGGGACCUCCAGCGCCGCCGAUGGUUGGGCCAAUGGGCCCUGUACCACAAGCACCGCAGGUUGUUGGGAAGAUGCACAUGUUCCCGCCGGCGCCGCCCUUCUUGGGGUACAUGGGACCAGUGCCUCCAGCACCACCGCCAGGAUACCGAGGCAUUUUCAAUCCGUGGUCCACCGGGCCGUUGCGCCAGGUGUUUGGAGCUGUGGGCCAGCAUGUGACGCCCAUCACUCCGAGUGCCGUCAAAAGCACCACGGCCAACAGCAAGGGCAACUCUAGCCCCUACGCCAAAGAAGAGAGAUCGAUCACCUUCGAUCUGAGGCGGCCCGUCAUCCUCAAAGUGAGCUCUUCUGUGUCUUCCCCGAAAAAGGUGCAAGAGUGCGGUUUGUCUCCUCCUGAAGACCUUGAGGUUCCAGUAUACAUUACUUCAGAGCGUUUGCGAGCGCACCGGAACAAAGGGCAUCAGCCCUAUCUGAGUUUCUGUGAUGUGUGCCAGUCGGCACGUGGUCGUGUGCCAGCACGACGCAAGAACAUGAAGAGCCACUAUGCGCCGGGAGAGCUUCAAGUAGAUUUUGGCUUCUUCGGUCGAAAUGUUCGGUUUCUGUUGAUCGUUCACGUCCUGUCGGGAUACUUGAGUACUGUUGUUUUGGGUCCUGAGGACCCGGUGCCUGUACCAGCCGUUUGCAAGGCUCUUUCUGAGAUGGGCCUCAACGGGCUGGACAUUGUGGUCCACGGUGACCAAGAAAACCUCCUGGAGAGUGUGUUCCGGGAUUCUGCGAAGCAUAGGACGUUUGUAGGACGGUCCAUGCAUUGGGUUCCGUUUGCAGUGAACAGGCCCCAGGCAAAAGGCAUUGUUGAGCGUAACGUUUGCCUCGUGAAAGAAGCGUUUUGGUCUGUUUGGCUAGGACUGGAAGAGCGUGUAGGAGGGCAGCUGCCGUUAGGGAGCUACUUGUUUAUUGAAGCCAUGCGGUAUGCUGUUAGGAUGCAUAACUUGUUUCAUGUGUCCAAGGAACAAAGCACGCCUCUGGAACGCCUCAGGGGCUCUACAGUCCAAGCUGUGAGGAGUUGUGAGUUUGGGGUGGUAGGCUUUGGAAAGCCACAAAAGGACUAUCCGGAGCAUCGAGGAAAGCGCCUAGUGAGGGCGAUUUACGUUGGGCCCCAUGGCGCCAACGGCUCUGGGAUACGUGUCUUUGUUCCCUUAGGAGAUGGGAAGCCGCCUCGUUUGGAGAUUUUCAGCUCGUUUCGUGCCCGGGACCCGGUAGAGUUUGACAAAGCAGUGCUAGACCAACUGAAAGGAAACCGGGAGGACCCCGAGCGACCCAUCAAGUUUGAUGUGCCUCUGGAUGCACCUCAGCCCUCAGCCUCCUCCUGA